AUGCGUAAAACAACUAGUGCUGAAUGGACUGCAUAUAAAGAUCAAGUUUCAACGGUGCAAGGAUAUAUUCAGAUAGGCUUCUUCUAUAAAUGUCUCCUCAGAGGCAUAUCGAAGGAUCUGGAUAACUUCGGUUUACUCUGUCAACCUGUUCGGAUGGCACUAGCUACACGAGUCCAGAUGUCUAAUUUACCGCCCUUGUUACUACCAGUAAUUGCUGGGGAAUAUGUUCGAGCUCGUAUCUCACAUGUUGCCGAUUCUAAUCGACUAUUUGUACAGUUGGAGAAUAAUGCACAAACAAUAUUAAAAGUAAGCGAAAAACUUAGAACUCUUGCGAAACAAAAACAUGAACGACUGUGCAAUCCAGAAUGUGGUACCAUCAUAGCAGCAUUAUAUCCACCUGAUCGUUGCUAUUAUCGAGCCUCUGUCUUCUCAAAGGCUGGCAUUGAUUUUAUGGUUGUUUUUUAUAUUGAUUACGGGAAUAUGGCAUCUGUUAAUAUCGAUGACGCUUUUUUAUUGAAAGAUGCAUAUUUACUCUCAGUUCCCCCACAAGCUAUACAACUGAUCAUCGAAGAUGUAAGGAAACCUCGACUGAAUCUGGAACAGAUCAAAAGUUUGCUUAUUGAUCAAACAGUUGGUGCACAGAUAAAUGAUGUUAACAGCAAUGGAGAAUCCUUUAUUGCAACUUUGUUUGUAAAAGAUGAGAAAAACAGAAAUGUUAAUCUCACGGAAGUAAUACUCGGUGAAAGACCAGCGCCAACGUUGCCUGUGCCAAAACCAGUUGCUAUGGACAAUGUUUUGGAUGCUGAAAACAGAUUAGUGGAUUACACGUGCCGAAAUAACAGAUGGAAGGGAGUUUGCUCAAAUGAUUGUAAGAAGGAUAGCUUUGGAAAACAAAAUCGCGGUGACAACAGAAAAUUCUCGAACAAUUUUCGCAGUAGCGUCGAUCGUAAUUUCAACGGCUAUAGCGAUGCUGCAGGAAUAGGUGACAGAAGAACGUGCCGUAAUUGUGGACAGUCUGGUCAUUUGGCUCAUCAGUGUUCAGUUUAUCAUAAAAUUGAUUUUACCGAGGAUAAAAAACGUAAUGAUAGUGGAGACCAAAGAUUCGUUAAUAGUGGGGAUCGUUCGCUACAUAUAUCAAAAAAAAGAAAUCAUUUACCUCGUCCGUUCCUGGAUCGUAAUACCCAUAUUAUUGAUACUGCUGCUGAUAAAAGCGGUUGGAAGUCGGAUAAGUGGAUAGCGACACCUAGUACAAAUAUGGCAAAAAGUGAACUGAACUGCUUUUUAAACGAUGGGUUUGAAAAAAAGGUAGAUAACGAGAAAGAUACAGAGAAUUGGAUUGUGAAUGAAGGCGGAUGGGAAAUAAAUAAUGCUGGUUGCGAGCUUGUUGAUAACGGGAAUCAAAUCGAAGCAUCCGAAAAUGCUACGGCUACUUCAGCAUGCAGUGAUUUUGUUGGUGCUGGAAACCACAAAAAUACAGAAUUUUGUAUUGAAUCGAUUGAGCUUCCUGGAAAUUGCCCGAUAAAUACAUUUGGCCUUUCACUGCCACCAAAUUUGGAGGUUGAUACUGGAGGAGUCGAUGAAACCAAAACUACGUCGAAUGAAGAUCUUUCAAAUUAUGGGGUGAAACCAACUGAACAACAUAAUGUACAGUUUUCAUCGUUCACACUCAGUCGUAUAGAAUCAUCAAGCCUUGAGGGAAUCAAAUUUGGUGAUACGAUUGGUGGUCUAUGCUCAGACGACUUGACGAAAGCUGAUCCGUUAUCAUUUUUCGUGCAAUUGGAUCGUGACAAAAAUAACAUUGAGCAUUUGGUGUUGUCGAAUGCGCAAUUGCCAGCCAACCUUCCAAAGUUGUCUUCGUUUGAAAUUUCUCAAGCUUGUAUUGCUCCUUUUAUGGGAGAUUAUUACCGAGCAGAAAUCAUUGGUGAAGUAAAUAGUAAUAAGAGAAGAAUCCUGUUCGUUGAUUAUGGUAACGUCGAAGAUAUGGAUACAUCAGUGCUUUACGUUAUCAAUAAUUCUCUUCCUGAGCAAUUCUAUACAUCAAGGAGAAUGGCUUUUCAUUGUCGGUUAUACGGUGUCAUGCCAAUAACUUCCAUGCAUACAUUCGAUCUGGAAGCUCGAAAGGUAUUCUCAGAAUUGACCGCUGAUCAGAAGCUGCUGAUAUGUUUCUUGCAACAAUCAGUCAAAGGUAUCUAUGAAGUAACGAUUAUGCUCAGUAAUGGACAUUUCGUUUCCGAUAUCUUGAUCUCAAGAGGUUUUGCUAUUCCAUUCAAAUGGGGUAUCGGACCAUCGCUGUCGCUUUAUGAAACAUUGGAUGUUCUUCGAUCCGACGAAUGUGAUCAUGUUAAUCAUAUUUUUACUGUUCAAUUAUCAGAUAGCCUUUCGCAACUUGAACAAUUAAACGAUGGAUAUGUAGAUAGCAAAAAAACGAUAGAAGCACCACAAAUUGGCGAUGUUGUUAUUUCGUACUUCGAGGAAUCACCAUAUCGGGCAGAAAUCAUUGCCACGGAAAUUAACGAUAGUAAUGAAGUAUAUCGUGUGCGUUAUGUUGACUAUGGUAAUGAAAGCCUCUGCACGAAGGAAGAAUUAUUCGCGCUGGAUAGGGAUCAGCAGCCUGAUAUAAUACUUUAUACUCCUCGACAAGGUUUUCGAUGCCGAAUUGAUGGUGUUCAACCUUUAACUCAUAAGGAAGAGUGGCCUGAAGAAGUACAGAAACGCAUCGAUAAUUUAUUAGCUCCUUCCACUUCAUUUGAAGCUGCUGUUGGUAGUCCGAGUGUGGAUGGAGUUUAUCCUAUUAGGAUUAUGGUACUCAAGAAUCAGUUGAUUGACGAGGAUGGUCUCGGAACUGAUGAAGCAAAUAGCAUGAAGAACAAAGUUGAUCUAGCGAGUUGGUUAAUUGCAAAAGGUUAUGCAGAAAUGCAGGAUAUUUGGAGAGACUAUCCGGUGAAGAAUUUAUUAUCAGGCGGGAAACAUGAAUACGAAAUGUUCAUCACAGAAAUCGAUGGGCAGAUCAUUCGUGCACGGCCAUAUGUUUUUGCUGAACAAUAUAACAGAAUGAAGAAGGCACUUGCAAACAUUAAAACAGUUCCUCUUGAAACUGAUGCACCUACCACUUUAAUUUCUUUGAACAACGAAUAUAAACGUGCAGUGUUGAUCUCCUCAAAGAAUAAUGCGACAUCAAAGAAGUAUUUAUUGGUUGAUGAAGGUAUUUCUAUUGAAGAAAUGCCCAUUCAGUUUUCUGGCAUUAGUGAAUUAUGUGAUUCUGACGGAUUCUUAGUGCGAACAUGCCAUCGCUUGUCAGUGCAACUCAAGCUUAGCGAAUCCUUGCUUGAUGAAAAGUCGACAGAAAUGAUAAUGAAUAGUGCAGCAAUGGGCCCAGUUAAAGUUAUUCUUGUUGAAUACAGUAAGGAUGGCAACUACUUAAUAAGUGACAUUUUAUUCUCUGAUGGCACAACUUUGCUAGAAAAAUUCAAGAAAACGAGGCAGGAAGCAGUGGAUGAAAACGGUUCAGCAUCAGAUCUUUGUAUUAGUGAUCUUGAACAGGCAGACGGAAACUCAAAGCAAGACGAAAAAGUAGAUUCGAGAUCCCCAACUAAUGGGACAAAAAGAAUUGAAUAUGACGAGAAUUUGAUCGUUCCUAAUCUGAAGGCUCAAGUUUGAUUUUUUGGAGCACUGAAUCAACAAUGCUUGAGGAUGCAUUGAUGCAAUUACCUUAAAAAGUACAGUUUGGAAUAAUUACGUCAGGUACUUCAACAUUUUGGAAUGAUGUAUGGAUAUAUAUAUAUGUAUAUAAUU